AUGUACUCUCUCGCUAACGUUCGAUUUUGAUCAAACAAACAGAGGUGGAAACAAUGGGAAGAAAGGCGGAGGUGCAAAGGGCACUUUUGGAAAAGUUAAUGGGACCCGAAGCAAUGGGAUUAACAACCCAACAAUUACACUUUACCGAUGAUAAAGUUUGUAAAAACUUUUUAUGUGGAACAUGUCCGCAUGAUUUAUUCAGUAAUACAAAAGUGGAUUUAGGAACAUGUCCAAGAUCGCAUUUGAGCAAGUUAAAGGAAGAGUAUACCAGCGCAAUCGCAAAAGGUGAACAAUACCCAACCUUUGAAGCAGAAUAUGAAGAUAACAUUCGUGCAUUUAUGGCAGAUAUCGAUCGUAAAAUUGCAGCAAAUAAGAGAAGGAUAGAUCAAACGCCGGAAGAAACGCAAAAGUUCACAAAUCUGAUGAGAGAUAUUGCCGAUGUGGAAAAAGCAAUGAACGAUGCAAUGGCAGAAGUGGAAAGGUUAGGUGAACAAGGUCAAAUUGAAGAAUCUUUGGCUGAAUUACAAAAAGCUGAAGCACUCAAAGUGGAAAAAGCAGAUCGAGAGAAAGAAUUGCAAGUCUUGAGCGAUACGGCAGGUGCAAGUGGUCAUCAGAAACUUCGUGUUUGUGAUGUUUGCGGUGCUUAUCUUUCCAUCUUGGAUUCCGAUAGACGAUUGGCAGAUCAUUUCGGAGGAAGGAUGCAUUUGGGGUAUGUGAAAUUACGAGACGUUAUUGUCGAAUUCGAUGCUCGGCGCGAUAGAGGUGAAGAUCCUCGAAGGCUCAUUGCAGCAGGCGGUUACACCAACGGUCAUUCUGCUGGCGCACGACCAUCUCAGGCUUAUCCACCUUCUUCAAGCUCAUACAGGCCACCAGAAGACGAUUAUCGAUACAACAGAUCAGAUCGGGAUAGGAGCGACAGAAGAGAUUAUCGUGAUCGCGACAGAUAUGACCGCCAACGGUCUCGUUCGCCUCCUCCUCGUUCCUAUCGGUAA